CAGGCUCCGGAAAGAGAGCCAGAAUUUCGGCUCUCUUUGGAAGUUUGAUUCAGCCAUCCACAUCCCUUCUUCCCACAAACUUAUCGUAGGAGUAAUGACACCCGAAUGACUCCUUGGGAUGAAUGCCGUCUAAUGUGUGCGCGAAGUAAGUGUGAUUCAUGAAGAGUGGACAGUAAACCGCAACUCCAUGAGAAGUUUGAGCUCUGCAGCAAAUUCGACAAGAAAAUGAAUAGCAAUGGGGAAAAAGCGAGGACAAAAAGACUACAGCAUAGACCACCACCAAAGUAUACAAUGCUUUUAACGUCGAGUUGUAGAAGUAAAUGGGAUCACUCAACUCUCUCAAUCACAGCUCUGCCUCCUUCACUUUUGGAGAAGAUUGGCUUAUGGACGCAAAGUCUAAUGGCCACGGCUUGGGGAAGCCAAAGAGAUACCUAAGACCAAGAGGGAUAAUUGUAGUAUGUUCAAACAAUCAUGAGAAAUCCUGCUCGUGGUGCUGGAAAUUACUCUUGCGCAGGAUUUUGUCACCCACCACCUUGGACAGCAAUUUAUUCAACCUCCAGCGUUUAAUCUUGCAACAUCUUUCAAAGAUGGCACUCCAAAUUCACCACUCAUAUUCGUUCUCUCACCGGGAGCGGAUCCUAUGGCAGAUUUGCUGAAACUGGUAGAAGACGAUCGAUUCUCCCAAAAGUUCGAGAAGGUUUCUUUGGGACAAGGACAAGGUCCAAAAGCGGAGAAAUUAUUAGCACAAGGUAUGGAGCGCUGUAUGUGAGUGUGUCUUCAAAAUUGUCAUUUGUCGCAGUCAUGGAUGCCGGCACUGGAUCGUAUUGUGGAUAACAUCGACCCUGACAAAGUACAAAACUGCUGAACACAACCUUGUACGUGGAAAUUACACCGUGUCCUGGAGAACACAUGGCCCUCAAAUAGACAUAGAUUUGUACUCAUGAAUGUGAUGAAAUAGUGUGAUUACAAUUCUAAUCAUUCUUUCAGGGCUGCUCAAUUCCUAAAGCCAGAGGGGCGAUCGACUUUGAGAACUCUUGUAUAUCAAACACAACAUGGCCUCCUUUCAAACGUAGGGUUCAUGAAUUAUUAUUCAUAUCAUAUAUUAUUCAAGAUGUUUUGUCUGAAAGCAUGUGAUAUUCUGCAGCCUUUUUGACUGGAACGCUCCAAAAUUUUGCUCGAAAAAAGAGAAUGGCUAUUGAUAGUGUAAGUUUUGACUAUCAAGAGAUGGACAGACUCAGUCAAAACACUAACCUGACAGCCGGACAGCUGUUGCUAUAAUAAAAGACUAUCUCGAAGGAGCUCGCUGGGACAGUCAGGCUCAUCUUUUGACAGAGUCCAGACCUAAGGAGCUGUUUACCGAUUUUCUAAUCAUAUGGCUGAAGCCCACUCAUUUGUGCCCUGUCUACAAAACUCUUGUCCGGGCUGGUGAGAAUAUCCUCUCUUAUGUGUGCCAAGUGCUAUAGAAUCUUCAGAAUAACCACUUGAAAUGGCUUGUAGAAAACUUUCAAUGGGCUUGUACCAGUAGCACCUCCACUGCCUUGGCCUACUAGUCCCGU